UGGGAGUUGUCAGUUCAUCUUGAUACUCUGAGCCAUAGCUCGUAAUCAACGAAGGAAUCGAGCAACCUGAACCAUGGGUCGCUUUUUGCUGACAGUCGCUGCUUUUCUUGUGCUAGUAGCAGCAGUGACGGCUUUGAAGUGUUAUAAAUGCAGUGGCACUGAAGAUGACUGUAAAAAGAGCACUCUGGAAGGCGACAAGGGCAAGUAUUUGACGGACUGCGGUGCGGGAAGUGACAAAUGUAUGAGGAGGUUUCUCAAGAAGGAUAGCGCGACCUUCGUGGCGAACUCUUGUGCCAACGAGCUGGGCUGUAAUCAGGCGAUAAUCGGCUGUGGUGAGUAUAACGGCGUGACUUGCAAGGUUAGCUGCUGUGACGAGGACGAAUGCAACGUGGGCUCACAUGUCUCCUUGAACGUCAUCCUGUUAACCACAUGCUCUGCCCUGGGCCUGGCACUACUCAUAUAAGCCGCGAACCAAGCCUUUUUGCUGUUUGCUGUAUUCACUGCCUUAUUGAUUACAUAGACUCAAUGCACUUCUUAGAUGUUGUACCAGAACUGCAUUUCGUUCAGGAAAAGAUUUCAGUCCAGAAAAGUUGUCAAUCAAAAACUUCUUGCAGAUUUUCCUUCAUUUCACUUUGUAAGCUUUUUACAGUUUCGUUUAACUUUUUUUUCCAUUGUUGUAUUUUAAUGAGCGUUUUCACUUAAAGACGAUGGGUUAUACAUGAAGUUUUUACCGUGUCUAAAGAAUGAUUUAAGAAUAAAGAUUAUAGAUUAUAGAAA